AUGUCGGGCUACAAUGAAGACAAGGAAUACAUCGAGGGCUUGCUCCUUUCGAUGAAUUAUGAUAACGCGGAUUUCCAUAGAGCCAACAUCUCGAGUGGAAGUAUCACUCUAUCUGGAAACCGUUUUGAUGAUAUAACCGAACUUCUGCGGUUGGAACGCACUCCAGCUCAAAACUUUUCACAAGAACCCGUGAUUCCACCGUCUGGCAAUUUUCAAGGCUACGAGAUGGGUGAAUCUACCGCGUCCUGGGCUACUCCCAGUCAUACUGGUCAUUGGUCCCGAGAGGAAAACCGAAUAGAAGUCAACGAGGACGUAGAGCUCAGUCCGUUUGAAGGAGAAGUCAUCCGAGCCGCCCGACAAAUCGCGCAUCAUCGUGAUAAUCGCUUGUUCGGUAAACCUCGCAGGACGGAUGAGCACAUGGUCAUUUUUGAUGAGUUUGAACUAAGCAUUGUCGACUUCUUUCAAGGCGAAGAUGAGGAAUCCGCGUAUGAUGAGGGAUCUGGAGGCAUGACAAUAGAUAACAGGUACAACCUUUUGAGAGUUGUGCGUCAUUCUAUGCGCUAUAGGUACUACGAGGCGUCGUGCGAAAACCCUAGACAGGCGGUUACGAGGGGACAAGAACUUCUUAUCAACAAGAUUCGUCGGAUUAGAGAGAGGAAAGGGGGAGAUGGUGAUAUCCCACAAUGA